AUGGAAGCCACCAGCGUGCCCGCGGCCCCGAGCUUCGACUUGAAUCCAAGGCCCAGCGAGCCCUUCUUCCUUAUAGCGGGGCCGAACGUGAUUGAAUCAGAGCAGCACACACUGCACAUGGCACGGGCUAUCAAGGAGGUCGCUGACAGCCUGGGUCUAAGGUUCGUGUUCAAGGCCAGCUUUGACAAGGCCAAUCGUACAUCAGUGAAUGCUUUCAGAGGGCCGGGCAUGGAGGAAGGGCUUAAGAUGCGGGCGGCAAACUGCCCUGUGGUUGCUGACGUCACCCACUCCCUGCAGCAACCGGCUCAGCGGCAGCUGCCAGGGGGAGGCCUGGCAAGUGGAGGACAAAGGCAUCUCAUUCCGGCUGUGGCGCGGGCGUGUGUGGCGGUGGGGGUGGAUGGCAUUUUCAUGGAGGUUCACGACAAUCCCGAGGCUGCUCCUGUGGAUGGUCCUACCCAGUGGCCCCUUCAUCUGCUGCGGCCACUGUUGUCAGAACUUAUCGCCAUUGCUGGGUGUUCCAACACGCCCACGCCCCCCGCCCAAGAAGGAAACCUGAUCGUCAACCCCAGCAUAGGGAACGGCACCACGGGCUGGCAGGGCUUUGGGUACGCGCCGAUUAAAGCCGUGGUCAAUGCAACAGCAGGCACGCCCUACUCGUACCUGGUGGCGUACAACCGCUCGUACACGUAUGCGGGGCCAAAGCAGAGCUUGAAGGACGUGCCUGCGGCGGCUUAUGAGCUGGCUAUCUGGGUGAAGCUGGAUGCGGGCGACCGGCAGUAUGUGACUGCAUCGGCCAAGAUCAACAACAAGUAUCUGUGCAUUGGAGGGGCGAACGCUCGGUCCACGUGCUGGACGAAAUUAACAGGGGGGUUUACCCUGCACGAGCCGGCCGCUGAGGUGGCAGUGUACGUGCAGGGUGCAGCGGUGGGGACGGAGAUCUGGGUGACGUCAGCGUCGCUUCUGAAAGUGGAUAUGAGCAUGUGGCGGAGCCGACAGAACGAGAACAUCAAGAAGUACCGCAUGCGGCCUGUGCGGCUGUCAAUCCAAGGGCUGGGGCUCGGCCUGAUACCGGCACGCGUGCAGAUCGACCAGGUCUCAUCAGAUUUCCCCUUUGGCGCCAAUGUGAACGGCGCUAUUCUAUAUGACACGGCUUACCAGGAGUGGUUCUUGAACAGGUUCAACUGGGCGGUCUUUAACAACGAGGGCAAGUGGUAUUUCAACGAGCGGAGGGAGGAAGUGGAGAACUACACUGUGACGGAUGCCCUGGUGGAUUGGUUCACACAGAGGAACGUGAGCGUGCGCGGGCACAACAUAUUCUGGGCCGUUGAGAAGUUUGUCCAGACGUGGGUCAAGAAUCUUAAUGACACUGCAUUGUGGGCAGCCAUGCAAAGACGCAUGAACAGUGCAGUGACGCGCUACACGGGCAAGGUGCAGCACUGGGAUGUCAUCAACGAGCCUCUGCAUGGCAACUACUACGGGCAGCGCCUGGGCGAGGACAUUCACUCGUGGAUGUUCAAGGCCGCCCGGGCGAUCGAUCCCAAUGUGCGGCUGUUUUUGAAUGAUUAUAACACGGUGGAGCAGUGCGAUCGAGGGGCCAACCCAGAGGUCUACCUAGAGAAGGUGUGGACUCUCAACGCAACAGGGGCGCCGGUGACGGGCAUAGGCGUGGAGGCUCAUUACAGUGGGGAGCCGCAGCUGGUUCGGUUGAAGCACGACCUUAACCGCCUGGCGAUGGCCAAGCUGCCCAUCUGGCUGACGGAGCUCGACUUUAGUGAAGUGGAUUCAGAUGAGCAAAGAGCCGACUAUCUCGAGGCGGUGAUGCGAGAGGCCUUCUCGCAUCCCUCGGUGGCUGGCAUGGUGUUGUGGUCGGCUGGGAGGUCCACGUGCGAGUUUUAUAAAGAUAUUGACUCGGGCAUGUGCAACGCGUGUGAUGCUUGCCUGGCGGAUUCGAGCUUCAGGGAUAACGAGGCGGGGAAAAGGUUCGUUCGCCUGCGCAAGGAAUGGAGCACCCACCUGAGCAGAGUGGUCUGGCUCGGCCGAACCAUGAAACUCAGCCCAUUUCCCAAACCAAGGUACCAGGCCCUAAGAGCGGAGUGGAGCACCCACUUUGCAAGGCGAUCCCGGCUGAACGCGCCGCUCUCCUUCACAGCGUUCCACGGCAGGUGGGUGGCCCAGCGGUCUUCUUCUUCCGCUCUCUUCUCAGCGGUGCAUGGCAUGUAG